AUGACAAAUAUACAACCCAAAAUUGAUUUAUUAGAAUUGGCGUCGGAGCGGUCUUUAGAUCUUUGGAACGAGAUAAGAACAUUCCCUAAAGAAAUGAUUUAUGAACGAGUUCUUGAACCCAGAUCAUUCGAAGAUAAAGAGAUCAAUGAAUUAGUAAAGAAAUUACAACUCAAUCUUUGCUUUCUUUUUAUUGAUAGAGCGAGUUAUUGCGAUAUAUUCUACAAUUUAGUACCUGAAUUAGAAAAGAAAAUAGAUGAAUUAAAAAAUGAGAAUAUCAAAAUCAAAACCGAAAAUACGAAGUUAAAGCAUGACAAAGAAGAAGUUGAAACUGAGAAUAUAAA